UAGCAAGUGAGCAUUUGACUGCUUUAUUCUCUUUAUCCAGGAACCUCCAGCCUCAACUCCAAAGACAAAAUGAGUGCAUUUCUCAUAGUGGUCUAUUAUUUUUCAAUUGAGGCAUAUGAAAAAUUUGGUAAGGGUGAAGACUUUGAGAAUAUGGUAAAACCAAAGCUCAGUGAGAAAGGCGCUACUGACUUUACGGAGCCUAUCUCAAUAACUGAAAAGAUUCCUAUACAGAAUGCGCUCUAUUUUACAGCGCCAGAUGAUGCCUUGGAUGAGCUGAAGACAUUUGAAGAAAUGGGUUAUGAUGAACUCGGGUUCGGGGAAUUUGCCGAAUAUGUCAAAGUAUUGAUUGAGAAGGAUUAGAACUUGUGUAGCACGGAGGCCGCAGCACGGCCUCCACAGUGCAGAACUGCCAUACAGUGCGGACUUAUACAUAUUUAUCCAUGUACAUAUGAAACGGAUAAACCAAUGUAGCGGUUAAAACUCCGUAUCGGGGAAGUCGGGGGAGUCGAUUAUCCGGACUGCACGAGGCUGUAGGCGACGAAUUUAAUUACACAAGGAGGAUAACACCAGAUAAUGGAAAGGAGUUAGACCAUCCUCGUCCACCACAUCAACUGGAGAUCCGAAUUCGAGCAGGAGUUUUAUAAGUGGUAAAUGAGGUUUCAACAACGCGUAAUGGAGCGCAGUCAUUCCAGCA